AGGCUAAAUCGGGACUUAGUCGGUUACACAAUCCGCUGAGUGUCUCUGCCCACUCUCAUUCUGCUCUGGCUGCUCUCGGCUCCAGCCGGCUUCUCUCCCUCAGCCGCACCGUACAGCAGGCACCGCGCAGUAUCCCCCCCCCAUCUCCAUUGUACCCACUGUACCUGCUGUCCCACUCCCUAGCCCUCUCUAGCAGCCCCCAUUCAUUCACCGGAGCCCCCUCCCCUGAGCCCCCUAAGGAUGAGUGGGGAUCAUGUACACAACGACUCGCAGAUCGAGGCGGAUUUUCGGCUAAAUGACUCUCAUAAACACAAGAAAGACAAAGAACAUCGCCACAAAGAACAUAAGAAAGACAAAGACCGGGAAAAAUCCAAACACAACAACAGUGAACACAAGGAUCCUUCAGAAAAGAAGCAUAAAGACAAACACAAAAACAAUGACAAACAUCGGGAAAAGGAUGGCGAGAAACACAGAGAAAAAGAUGGGGAGAAACACAGGGACAAAAAUGGCGAGAAACACGAUAAGCAUCGAGAGAAAGAUGGCGAGAAACAUAAAGAUGGAGAGAAACACAAAGAGAAAGAUGCUGAGAAGCAUAGAGAUGGAGAAAAGCAUAAAGAUAAACACAGAGAUAAAGAUCGGGAGAAGAGAAAAGAAGAAAAGAUGAAAUCUUCCAGCGGCAGUGUUAAAGUGAAAAAAGCAAAUGGUUUCUCUAGUCCUGUGCGGGUUAAAGAUGAGCCAGAAGAUGACGGCUUCCACAUGUCCCCCAAGGAAAAUAAGGCAAUGAAGAGGCCAAGAGACGAUGAUGAGGAUUACAAACCUAAGAAGAUCAAAUCUGAAGAUGAGAAAAAAGGGAAGAAGCGGAAGCAGGAGGAAGAGGAUAUUAAGCCCAAGAAAAAAAGUAAGGGCAAAGGCAACGAGGGGGAAGUGAAGAAGAAAAAAGUAAAAAAGGAGGAGGAAGAGAAGUGGAAAUGGUGGGAGGAGGAGCGGCAUGCUGAUGGCAUUAAGUGGAAAUUCUUGGAACAUAAAGGACCAGUGUUUGCUCCCCCCUAUGAACCUCUCCCUGACAAUGUGAAAUUUUACUAUGAUGGUAAUCUUGUAAAGCUCAGCCCAAAAGCCGAAGAAGUGGCCACGUUCUUUGCAAAAAUGUUAGACCACGAGUACACUACUAAGGAUAUCUUUCGGAAGAACUUCUUCAAAGACUGGAAAAAGGAGAUGACAGCCGACGAAAGAAACCUAAUCACCAACCUGGGCAAAUGCGACUUCAACGCGAUGAGCCAGUACUUUAAAGAGCAAUCGGAAGCGAGGAAAAACAUGACAAAGGAAGAGAAGCAGAAAAUCAAAGAAGAGAAUGAGCGGUUACUGCAGGAGUACGGCUUUUGUGUCAUGGACAACCACAGGGAACGUAUUGCUAACUUCCGCAUAGAACCUCCCGGCCUGUUCAGGGGCAGAGGAGAUCACCCCAAGAUGGGCAAACUUAAGAAGAGGAUAAUGCCGGAAGACAUCAUCAUCAACUGCAGCAAAGACUCAAAAUAUCCUGUUGCUCCUGCUGGUCACAAGUGGAAAGAGGUUCGGCAUGACGGCAAGGUUACAUGGCUGGUAUCAUGGACAGAAAACAUUCAGGGUUCCAUCAAAUACAUCAUGCUCAACCCUAGCUCCCGAAUCAAGGGUGAGAAGGACUGGCAGAAGUACGAGACUGCCCGAAGGCUCAAGAUGUGUGUUGAAAAGAUCCGCAAUACUUACAAAGAGGACUGGAAGUCCAAAGAGAUGAAAGUCCGACAGAGAGCAGUAGCGCUCUACUUUAUAGAUAAGCUUGCAUUGAGAGCUGGCAACGAAAAGGAAGAGGGAGAAACAGCAGAUACUGUAGGUUGUUGCUCCUUGCGAGUGGAGCACAUCAAUCUCUUCCAAGAGUUGGACGGCCAAGAGUUUGUGGUAGAGUUCGACUUCCCGGGUAAAGAUUCCAUCCGCUACUACAACAAAGUGCCAGUGGAGAAAAGGGUUUUCAAAAAUCUUCAGCUCUUCAUGGAAAACAAGCAGCCUGACGACGACCUGUUUGACAGACUCAACACAAGCAUUUUGAACAAGCACCUUCAGGACCUGAUGGAGGGACUAACAGCCAAAGUAUUCAGAACAUAUAACGCCUCCAUCACCCUGCAGCAACAACUAAACGAACUCACUAACGGUGAUGACAAUGUUCCCGCCAAGAUCUUGUCCUACAACCGUGCCAACAGAGCCGUCGCCAUCCUGUGUAACCAUCAGCGAGCCCCUCCUAAAACGUUUGAGAAAUCCAUGAUGAACCUACAGGGAAAGAUCGAUGCAAAGAAGGAUCAGUUGAUGGACGCCCGGCGAGAGUUAAAGAGCGCAAAAGCAGAUGCCAAGGUCAAGCGGGAUGAAAAAUCAAAAAAGCUUGUGGAAAGCAAAAAGAAAGCUGUACAGAGGGUAGAAGAGCAACUAAUGAAGUUGGAGGUUCAGGCCACAGACAGAGAAGAGAACAAACAGAUUGCUCUUGGAACCUCCAAACUCAACUACCUGGAUCCCAGAAUCUCUGUGGCAUGGUGUAAAAAAUACGGUAUUCCUAUUGAAAAAAUCUACAACAAAACCCAGAGAGAAAAGUUUGCUUGGGCCCUUGAUAUGGCGGAUGAGGACUUUGCAUUUUAAUGCAGAACACAAUUGGGUUUUUCUUAAUUUUAUUGUUAUUUUAAGCCUGGAUGUCACCUCGGAAUGGCGACUUUUAGGGAACUGUGAGCCUUACUUUUUAUCAACUGAAUUUUAAUUAUGAAAAUUUUUUGUUUUGUUUUUUGGUUAAGCUGGGAAGGGGAUAUGUACAGAUUAAGGGAAGCGGCCUGAGAAAAAUCCCUCCCCCACACCUGAUGGAAAAAUGGAAUUGGGGGGCGACUGAACAUUCUCCCCAAGCUGCCUUUUGUAUUGUCCCAUGGACAUUUAGUAUAUAAACGGAUCACGUAGAAUAUGGCAACGUUUAAAAAAAAUCUUCGGGGGGGGGGGGGGGGGGAGGUUUGUAUGUAAGCUCACUGAAAACAUUGCAGAUUGUGUUCUAGAGGCUGUACAGAAUUUACAAGAAAAACAUGCAUUUCAUUUUUGUUUCUGUUCUAAAAUAGCAUCUAUUUUAAUGGGGAAAUAAUUUCUGCUCAUAUCCCCUUACCCUGAUUAUUUUUAUUUUCUUGUUCUGCUGAUCGAUGAGCUUGUCUUGCUGGCAGCUGAGGGGUUAACUUAACUCUCUCCUAUCCACCAACCUCGAUGCAAAGAUUCCGACCAAUCAUUGAAUUUCUGUUUUGCCCAUUCAGAAGGUGACUUACAAUGUGACCCUUUUUUUUUUUUUUUUUCUCUCUCCUUCCUUCGGAUAUCCAGUGGAAGAAAGGCGGAAGUUUAUAUUUUUGUUUUUAGAAAUGUGAAUUUUUUUUUUUUCUCUUUUUUUAAUUAUUUUAACUAUUUAAACGUUUUAAUGUUUGGUAGCAUAAAAAAAAAAAAAUGAAAAGAGAUUUCACUGACAAAAGAACAUCUUUGAUUUGAAUAUGUGGAAAUGGGGGGGAUGGGAUUAUCCCUUGAACUGCAAUGGAGACCAAAAAGAGAGCUGUGGGUGAGGGAGGCUCCUGCUGCAUGCUGGGUAAUAAUCCCACUGACACCAGUACUGUUACAGCAGAGGCUUAUGUGGAGCUCAGAGACCCCUCCCCCCUCACGCGUUAAGGGAAACUAAACUGUAGCUUAGCGAAUAACCCCAAUUUUAAAGGUCAAAAUAACGACUGGUGGAUUUGUUUUGCGUAUAAAGAACCUAUAAAGGCAAUUGGAAUGGAAGACCUUUGUCUGGAAGAAUAAGAGAAAUGUGUAAAAAGAAUUUUAAUGUGAAUUAUUAUUUUUUUUGCCUAGAAUCCUCGCUUAGUUUUGAUUCUUGGAUCAAUUCCGAAGUGUUCAGAGCAGUCUCUUUUCCCUUGGACAUUUUUCCCCCUUUUAUCUUCUAUUUUUAUCAUGAAUUUGCCAUUAAUGGAGUGUAGGUUAUUUAAAAUAAAACCCUACAACUUGCA